AGACCUUGGUGCUCCGUACGGUAGUCCAACUUGGUACCUUACCAGGGUAGGUUAGGUAGUCACUUCACUAACGACGUGUAUUGCAUACCAUCUACAUAUUUGAGGAUCAGUAGAUGAAGUAUGACUGUUAUGAUCAUCUAUCCUCUGGCCAACUGAUUAUUUUGACAUCAAUUGUUUUCUUUUUUCGCACCCCUCCUAUAAUUCCACUCCGUAUCCAUGUCACAGCCAUGGGACUACAUCGCUAAACUCGUUUGCAUCGGUGAUUCUGGCACGGGCAAAUCUAGUCUCACAAUUCGCCUCUGUGAAGGACGCUUUUCUUCAGCUCACGAUGUCACCAUAGGUGUCGAGUUUGGAUCUCGUAUUGUGCCAGUUGGGCCACCUGCAUCACAAAGUCUAGGGCUAGGUUUUGACAAAACCGACGAUGAUAUCAACCCUCCUACGACGCAGUCACCCUCCACAGGCCUGCCUAACCCCCCACGCAAGACCCCAGGGCCUCAAUCACAGAAGCAAAUGAAGCUCUCUUUGUGGGAUACAGCUGGACAAGAGACGUACAAAUCCAUAACUCGAUCUUACUUCCGUGGCGCAUCAGGUGCCCUUCUUGUUUUUGACAUCACCAGACCAGCCACGCUUACCUCGUGUACCCAGUGGCUGCAGGACCUGCGACAGAUUGCGGAAGAGGGGAUCGUCGUUGUUCUGGUGGGGAACAAGAGCGAUCUCGCUGAAGGUAACGCUGAACAAGAUAAACGAAGGAUUUCAAGGCAAACGGCGGAAGAGUGGUGCCGCGCGAACAAUGUUGUGCGGUAUGUCGAAACAAGCGCUAAAUCAGGUGAAGGUGUUGAGCGUGCAUUUCUCGAGGUUGCAGAGCGUAUCUACCGCAACAUCGAAAUUGGUAAGUACGAUCUCAACGACCGUCGGAGCGGUGUCAAAGGUUUUGGAGCAACAGGUGGCUCGGGUAAUACUGGGGCACCCGAGACUAUUGCUCUGGGAUUGAAUGAUGCUAUGCGCAACGGUGGAAAUAGGUGGGCUGGAAAUUGCUGCUAGGCGCGAAAGGAGGACUCGAUUCGGAAUUCAGACGAGUCCCUAUAAGAUUGGAUAUGCCCAGCUUGCUGAAAUCCAAUAUAUCUUGUAACUAUGGAGUAAUCAGUUACCUGGCCUAUCUACUGGCUUGGAUUCAGGAUGUGGUUCGACUGAAUGAAUUUGAAUUUUUAAAGGA